CUAAAAGUUUAAUUCAGACCUUGGAAGACAGAGGACGGGCGAGGGUUAAGAAUGAAACAUAAGUCAGUGGAAACAAACUUGUCUUUCUGAGUAUGGCAAAGCAUCACGCAUCUUUGUGAGAUUUCUUGGGGGGGGAAACAGAGUCAAGAGAAAAGAGUUGCGGGAAAGGUGAAGGAUAGGAGAAACGCUGACCUCACCCCUUACACUGAGUGUGUGGGUUUUAAUUUCAGUCUUGCUCUCAGAUCUGGGGAAGUCUGACUGCAGAGCAGGGCGGAGAUUUAAAGUUUCAAAAGGGCAGAGGUGCGCCUUCUUUAAAAAAAAAAGUGACUGGAGUUUAAACUCUGUUUAUCAUGUGCAGCAGACUCAGCCUGGAGCUCAGGGAGAAGUCAUCUUCAGUUUCUCAGAUUCUCCGGAGAAAGGGUACUGGUGAGGUGAUCCCAGAGCUUCGGAGAGGACGCCUUGGUCAUGAACAGCAAGGUCAGGUCCUGUCCCUCACUCUAGGUACUGUCCAGUUUCGCCAAUCCUUCUGUGAAAGCCUGGUGAGCAUUUCUUCCUACGCGAAGCUUCUCUGCAGGCUGUCAGUGCUCUUUAGGACCUCAGGGAAACCCGAGCGAGCGUUUCUGGCUUUAGGACCCAGGAACUCUGAGGCAGCCUGGCUUUAGAUGCCUUGGAGCACAGCACCACCUACUUAUAGAAGCAUCCCGAGCCUUAGCUUGUCUGCAUCUCUCCAUCGGAAAGUGCGCUGGCCACAUCCCUUCAGCCUCUGGGCAGUGUCCCGUCUCCCCCAGCGCGGGCAGGGAGAAACCUCAGCUGGGAAGUGGUGGUGGAAAGAGCCCGGGGAGCAGCGUCUGGACCCGGACACCGAGAGGAGGAGAGCAGCGGACGCCCCUCGCCCUGGAAUCGCUCUCGCGGGCAGGCGGAGACCCAGCAUCCCAGCGCUUGCGGUCGCGCUCGCCCAGCUGCGCGCUCCUGCCAGGCGCCGCCAGCCCCGUGGACCCUCGGGGUCCGCGGACCUUUCUGCAGCCGGCGGGAUCCCAGGGCUGCCAAGAGCUCCCGGCGGGUGUUGGCAAACUUUUUUUUUCUUCCCGAGCCCACGUGCUGACCAAACAGCCCGGCUCGCUUCCCGAGCCUGGGAUGGAGCGCCGCGCCUAGGCACGCCGCCGUGCAGCCCGAGACACGCGCGCACGUCUCCCAGGUUCAACGCGGAGGGAGGGAUGCUCGGCGGCGGCGAGCCAAACUGACCAUUGCAACUCCAGGGCCAGUGGCAUCGAUCUGGGAGUCCUCCCCAGGAGCGCGACCCACACUGUCUCCUCGUAGGAGCCCCGCGUUUCCUCGACUUUGAGAGGCGUCUCUCCCCAGCCCGACCGUCCAGAUGCGUUUUUGCCUCUUCUCUUUUGCCCUCAUCAUUCUGAACUGUAUGGAUUACAGCCAGUGCCAAGGCAACCGAUGGAGGCGCAAUAAGCGAGGUGGGUCGCUCUCGGCCCAAGCUAGUUAUGUGUCAAAUCCCACUUGCAAGGGUUGUUUGUCUUGUUCAAAGGACAAUGGCUGCAGCCGAUGCCAGCAGAAACUGUUCUUCUUCCUUCGAAGAGAAGGCAUGCGCCAGUAUGGAGAGUGUCUGCAUUCCUGCCCAUCGGGGUACUACGGACAUCGAGCUCCAGAUAUGAACAGAUGUGCAAGAUGCAGAAUAGAAAACUGUGACUCUUGCUUUAGCAAAGACUUUUGUACCAAGUGCAAAGCAGGCUUUUAUUUGCAUAGAGGCCGCUGCUUUGAUGAGUGCCCAGAUGGUUUUGCACCAUUAGAUGAGACCAUGGAAUGUGUAGGAUGUGAAGUCGGCCAUUGGAGCGAAUGGGGACCGUGUAGCAGAAACAACCGCACUUGUGGAUUCAAAUGGGGCCUGGAAACCAGAACACGGCAGAUUGUUAAAAAGCCAGCAAAAGACACAAUACCAUGUCCAACCAUUGCUGAAUCCAGGCGAUGCAAGAUGGCCGUGAGGCACUGUCCAGGAGGGAAGAGAACACCAAAGGCCAAGGAGAAGAGAAACAAGAAGAAGAGGAGAAAGCUGACAGAAAGAGCCCAAGAGCAGCAUAGUGCCUUUCUAGCUACAGACAGAGCUAACCAAUAAAACGCGGGCCGUAGCUGGGGGAUGCUGAGAGGGGAUUUCGUUGUUGCUGUUGUUUAUAUUGCGAACGUGCACAAAGCUACUCUCCAAUCCAUACCGGUGGACAGCCUUCCUGCUGUCUCUGACCAGUCCUCCUUUUCCAGUAACGUUGUGAAGGGAAGCGCCCAGGCAUGGACUCUUGAGUUAUUUAUGAUUUGAUUGGAACCUGGAGCCUUGCGAUGGCGGGAGCGUGUGGACCUCAUCCGUGGGAGCUCAUGCAUGUACGCCCCUGUGAUGAUGAGCACCUUGUGUCCUCAGAAAAUCUGCCCCUGGCACGGUGAGCCUGCAGGAGGCAUGCAGCUGUAGGUCACCGCCAGAGAACGUACCUGCGCCUGCUUUCCUGCAAGAAAAUGCGGAAGGGGGCAAGCGCCGAUCGCCGUUGUUUCUUACACGGUGCACCAUCAGAGACAAGUGUGAGUGGAAGUAAUACUUAGUGUCACCCGCCGCACCAUGUUCUCGUCAUGGGUGACCCUUCCAGGGAUCUUGCGAUGAGACUGCCUUUUUUAGCCGGGGGUGUUCUGUGGAAAUCCCUACUCUAUUUCAGCCUAGCGCUAAUGUGUCCAGGUUCUGCUGAGCUCCAUACUGUACAUUGAUGCCUUCUGUGUGUAGCAGGUCGUACCUGAUGGAUAAGAUGUCACUGGUUUUCUAGUGGUUCUUAACCGUGGUCUGGCACAUGGCUGUUCUAGUUUUGAGAACUGACAAAUGUUUUGUUGCUGUUUGGCCUCUUCGGUUUGUGUUAUUUUUGGUGUGGGGGUGGGGGCGGGCUUGUUUCUAAUUGUAAGUUUAGGAUAAGCUAGUUUGUACAUAGAGUCAAACGACUGAUGUCAGUUUCCAUGCAGAUAGAACUUCCCCAGUUCAACACACACCGACACACACACAGAUACACACACACACACAGAGUAAGCAGCAUGCAGCCAUCAGAAGUCAAACUUCUUCUUAGUCGCAGACUUAUGAAACACAGCCAAAACCAAGAGGACUUGUGUGCAGUUACUUGUAUUUAUUACAGAGUUCCUAGCUUCCUUUUUUUCCCCAAACUUAAAGUAACUCAUGAUAUUCAACAAUAGGUUACCUGGAAAAAUUCUCGGGUCACUGGGGAAGCUGCUAGCAUGAAGCCACCCAGAGACUGGACGAGAAAAUAGAAGGGCUUCACCCAACUCAGAGUCACCAUCAUGCAUUUUCUCUCUUGACCCAGAAUGUCUUACACUAGAACAAAGAACUUGAUGGAGGCUUCCCAGAAGACACACACAGUCAUGAUUUCCAAAACAUCUUUGUACCAUUGGGUCAAUCAGCCCUUAGAUUUAUGAAUUGGCAGGCUCCAAACGCAUUAUAUUCCUGGCUGAUCCAGGAGAAACAAAAGUUGUUGUGGCAGAGUUUUGAGGAAACCGCCAAAGCAAGGUAAAGCCUUUUCCCCGCCUUGCAUUGGUAAAACUACCUCUUCAGUAUUUUUGUUGAGUCAGAAACAUCUUGCUGAUAUGUAUAGAUGUCAUAAGCUUCAUUAUGAAAAUAUUGAUGCAAGAUAAGCCAUAUAUGAAUGUUGUAUCCAACUUUAGGGCUUGCACUUAAUCCUAAAGUGUUUCCUUUCCUUCAUGUCUACUCACAGUAUAUUCCUAUUUACUGAGUGGGGAUGGGUCUCCUUAAUAUCAUACUUCAUUGCUAAUAAGUCGAUGCUUGUUAUGUUUCUGGGCUGUUGUUUUUUUUGUGCAUUAAAACCUCAGAAAUUGC